CGGGCGUUUCUUACCCGAAUCCCAAUCGCGGCUUUCAGUUGUCUCCCUGGCUGGAAGAGGCCUGAUCUCUCACUCGAUCGCCUGCCCUAGUCUCCGAAAUCUGUGAAGAGAUUUAAGGGGUAGAUCGGGUUUGCUUUUACUGAAUCCACGGCGGAGUUGGGGGGGAGGGGUGGGAAGUGGCCUCCGGUAGGUGCGGGAGCAGUUUCACAGCGAAAGACCACGUCUGGAUUGCAGUUGAGGGCUUUCCGGCCUGCAGAAACGCGCGAUUUUUCGGAUCCUUGAUGAGUUUGGAGGGUUUUCUGCAACUCGACGAAUCCAUGAGCAUCACCGAGGCCUGGUAAUAAUCUAAUCUGUCUUGUGCAAUCGGAAUUUUCUGAUAGGCAUUGGAAGCAGAAGGGAUUGAGAUCCGACCCUGGAGAAGAUGAAAUCCAGAUCCCAAAUCCGCGCUGGCCGAUCUCGGUUUCCCGACCAAUUCGAUCGAAUCCCCGACCCCCUGAUCCUCAUCAUCUUCAACAAGCUCGCCGACGCCCGGUCCCUCGGCCGCUGCGCCGCGGUGUCGAGGCGUUUCCGCUCUCUUGUCCCCCUGGUUGAUGAUGUCUACGUCAAGAUCGACCGUGUCGUCACCGUCGAUGGCGAUUCCUGUAGAUCCUUAACCCUCUCUUUCCCCAGACCAAGGAAGUGCUUCUCCCACUUCCUCAAGCUCAUGCUCUUCGCCAUCCUGAGACCCAUCCGCAACCUCCACAACCCCCAUUGCGGUGGCAAACGCUUCCUGCCACAAGUAUCCCACCGCUCCCCUGCACAAGUCCUCAAGAACUUCCGACACGUUCGUCGCCUGCGGAUCGAACUCCCCGCCGGCGAUGUCAGAACGGAGGACGGGGUCCUUCUGAGGUGGAGGGCGGAGUUCGGGAGCACCCUCGAGAGCUGUGUCAUUCUGGGAGGAACACCGACGGAUCGCCUGCCACCUUCAUCGGGCCGAGCAGGGAAGGCAGAGGACGACGGGAGCAUGCCCGAGUCGUUCUACACGAACGGAGGCCUCAAGCUGCGUGUAGUUUGGGCAAUCGGCACGCUGAUUGCUGCUUCCACGCGCCAUUACCUUCUCCAGGAGAUCAUCGAGGAUCACCCAACACUGGAGAGCUUGGUCCUGACCGAUGCCGAUGGACAGGGAACUCUGAGCAUGGGUAUAGAGCAGCUGAAGGAGUUCAGAGAGAAGCCAUUGGUGGCCUCGGCGUCAUCAACUAGGACUCAUCUUCCCGCAUCAAACAUGAAGCUAAGAUAUGCGCCGUACUUGGAGCUCCCCAAGGGGAUGGCGAUGCAGGGCGCUACACUGGUGGCCAUCAGCCCAGCCACAGAUGACACAGAUGGUAAUAGUGGCAGGGAAGAGUGUGAUUCGUUCAUCCGUGGGGCGUUUGAAGGGCCACUGGAUGCUGCAGUGAAGUCAUUGGUUGAGCGACGCAUCUACCUAAUGGAGAUAAAUGGUUUCUGAGCCAAUUCCACCGUGCCGCAUCAGCUCUAUUGCAGGUUUGCCAUGGUUCAUUUCUAGUCUUUUACAGAGCAGAAUUCAACACAUAUAUCUGCAGUGUUACAGAUCAUUAGUAGUAAAUUGUCAGCCAUGAUCUUUUCUUUCUUCUUAUGAGUAUAUGUACAGUAAUAAUCAUUGAUGCAAUGCAGGAAUCAACCCAUAUGCUGUGAGUGCUGA